ACUGAUAUAUACUCAAAUUUACAAGUUUUUGUGGACAGAAGAGAAUCAAAUAGUGAUGGAGGAUUGGGAGGAUGUUCCAGUUCCGGAUCUUCUUAAGAAGGAGCAACCAAGGAGUAAAUGGGAUGAUGAAGAUGCAGAUGAUAAUGAUGUAAAAGAAUCUUGGGAAGAUGAAAAGGAGCCUGUUCCGGCACCUAAACCAGAACCUCCUGCUGAAAAGGCACCCAAGAAGUCUGCUGAAAAAGCUAGUGAAAAGAAAGGCAAGGAAGCUGAAAUUCAUACCAAGGAAGAGCCUCUAGAUCCAGUAGCAGAGAAACUUCGCCAGCAAAGGCUUGUGGAAGAAGCUGAUUAUAAGUCCAUAGCUGAAUUGUUCGUCACGAAAGGUGGUGAUGACAAGACCAUUGACAAUUUCAUCCCCAAAAGUGAGAAUGAUUUCUUGGAAUAUGCUGAGUUACGUUGAUUUCUCAUAAUUAAG